AAUUAUAUGAGUUUUAUUUGAGAGUUUGUCUACAUUUUAUUAUGAUUUACAACAAUAAUUUUUGUUAAAGAUUUCGAACUGGUAUUUUUCGAACUUUUUGAAGGAAAACAAACAAAAACAAUGAUAAAUUCACCCGAUACCUGUGUCGAUAUUGAAUUAUAUCAAAAUGAUUUUGAUCUUAUCGAUAGUGAAUUUAUUCGAAAAAUUAUAUCGAUUUUUUGUGAUCAAGAUCAUGGUUAUCUUUGUUUGACUAACGAUUCAACAACAUAUGCUUUCGGCCAAGACAUUUGUAAUUGGUUAUCGUUGGUACAUGAUCCGAUACGACCACAACUAAUUACAGCUUUAAAUGGUAAAAAAAUUAUUCAAAUUGAUUCGGGUACUGAUUUUGUUGCCAUUUUAACUUGUGAUGGUCAAAUUUAUCUGGCCAGUGGAAAUUCAAUUUGGCAAACAAACAAUAAUCUUCGAUUAAUCACUACUGGUGAUGAUCGUUUUCAAAUGAUUGCCUGUGGAACCAAUUAUUUAUUAUUGCUAAGACGUGAUGGUCAUAUUUUUGCUAUGGGUGAUAAUGAAUAUGGUCAGAUAACCGGAAAUUUAGCAUCAUCAUAUGAAACUAUGGUUGACAUUGGUUUAGAAAAUAUUAAAUUGAUCACUUCUGGAUAUCAUCAUUGUCUUGCUCUUACGAAUUCGAAUAAACUUUAUUCAUGGGGCCGUAAUGAAAACGGACAAUUAGGUGUUGGUGAUAAAAAUGGACGAAAAGCACCAUCACUCGUUUUAUUUCAGAUUAAUUUUAUUAAUAAUCCAAUAAAAAGUAUAGUAGCCGGUGGAUAUCAUUCGUUAUUUUUGUUCGAGGAUGGUCAAAUUUUUGGAUGUGGUUAUCUUCAAUCGGCUAAUGAUAUAAAUGUAAUUGUGCCGACAAAAUUACCAUUUGAAAAUGUGCAAAACGUGGCUUGUGCAAAUUAUCUUAAUUUUUCAAUGAUUCUGGUUCAAUCAUCACAGUAUUAUGUAUGGGGUGAACAUCAGAAAAAAUCAUGGUUUCCACCUCAAAAAUUGAAUGGUCAAUUUAAAUCAUUUGCUGCUGCUGCAUCUAUGUUAAGAGAAUUGCCAAUGACAUAUGGUUUAACAUCAACAAUUGGUGUGUUUGAAUCAAAAGGUUCAAUAUUGUGCAGAUCAAUCAUCCAACUCUUUAAUAAUCCAAAAAAUUAUGAUUUUGAAUUUAUUAUCGGUGAUAAACGUAUCCAAACAUGUAAAUCAUUUCUACAAUCGGCAUCUGCAUAUUUUUUUCGUAUGUUUUUUCGUAAUUGGCGACAAAAAGAUAGUGUAACCAUUGAAUAUUAUUCCUAUGAUACAUACUAUUCUUAUAUUCGAAUGUUACAUGAUGGCUACAUUCGAAUCAAUAUAAACAAUAUUGCCGAAUUGAUCGAUUUAGCAAAUUUCUAUGAUGAUGAACGAUUGAUGGAAUAUUGUCAUACAUUUAUUGGUAAAAAUUUUACCCAACAAUCGAUCCAUUCACUUAUUCCAUUGAUAAUCAAUUAUAAAUUGAAUGGAUUCGAUGAUGAUCUUUGUCAGUAUGUCGAACAACCGACAUUGUCAAAAUUUUGUGACAAUUUACAGAUGGCCGAUGAAAAUACUUUAAAUCAUUUUCUUAAUUGGUUCUAUAAUGAACAAACAUUCUUUUGA